AGAAUCAGGCCGCCCCAAGGGCUGAGAGAUCUUGUAGUUCAGAGCCUCAGUGUCCAAGCGAAGCUGGACCCGUUUUCCAGCAGGUGAAGCUCCCCACCAAUGGACGACUCGUUGGUAUUCAUCCUCAUGCAGUGGUUGAACAGGAGGGAUGCCGCAGCCAUGGCUGUGAUUCAGGCUACUUCAACUGUCCGCACGUGCGAACCGCCGAUGUGGAGCGCACUGUUGCUUCUCGCUGGUGCUGUGUUGCACAGCAUGUCGCUGGUGGCAGAUGUUAUUGGGGAUUUGGGCAGGCGAGUGGAUGGGCGGCGGAGGCUGUGGGUGGUGGAGCKSAGCGGAGGGGUGUGGAAGGAUCUGCAGAGGGUCGGAGCGCAGCAUGAYAAGGUCUUCAGACGGUUUUGCAGACUGCCUCGCCCACUUUUCAACGAGAUACUGCUCCGCAUUGCCCCCCAUAUACAAUGCCAGACGACGAACUGGAGGCAGUCUGUGCCGGCGGGACAGAAGUUGGCUUGCGCUCUAAUCCGGUGGGCGACCGGCGGCUUCUACARGCAGACCGCGCAUGGGCUGGGCUUGGGUCUCUGCCGUGCCCUUCRGAGUAACGAAGASGUGGCUGAUGCACUCAUCAAGGAGUACGGCCAUCUCGUCUCCUUCCCCACGGGAAGAAGGCUGCAGGAAGUAAUGGACGCCUUCGAGCGGAAGGGGUUCCCUGGCUGUGUGGGUGCUAUUGACGRCACCCAUAUCUACAUUGAGAAGCCAAGGGGGGAGAGGGCCGAAUGCUACUACGACCGCACUGGAYAAUUCUCUGUCCAAGCGCAGGUCAUGWGCGACCACGAAUGCYGCAUCUCCAGCGUUUACGUCGGAUGUCUCGGGUCGCUACACAACUCUCGCGUGCUUCGACUGUCUCCCCUGUACGCUAUGGCGCGCGAAGGYAGGGGUGUAUUYGGUACAGGAUCCGKCGUGUUGAGAGACGGGAGGACUGUUGGCCGCUACUUGCUUGGCGAUGCGGGGUAUCCGCUGCUCCCRUGGAUAAUGAUCCCUGGUUGGCGAGGCACGAGGACGGAGCAGCAGCGGAUGUAUAACGACUGCCAUACAUCUGCUAGGUCUUGUAUCGAGCGCACGUUCAGGAGGCUGAAGGUGGUGUGGAGGCACUUCAUACGGCGACAAAUCUGCAACAUGAAGACCUUGUGCAAGGAGUUCAUGGCGAUUUGCAUUCUCCACAAUAUCAUGGUCGACCAACGAGUCGUCAUCGACCCUGAGGACUUGUCGGACGACAGCGACGACGACCUGUCGGACGCGGAGAGCAGGCCACGUCAGUGCCGCCGUUAGUGAUGAAGUUCCCCAGGCACCCGAUCAAGAAAACGAUCCGACGUAAGGGAGCGAUUUGGGGAAGGAUAUCAGAAACAGCUUG